AUGGCACAUGUAGGUCUGAUCUACAAUGUCUUCCUAACUGGCUUGGAGAUGAACCUAGACACUGUCCGACUAGCAAAAAGAAAGGCCACAACCAUUGCUAUAGCUGGCACCAUCAUUCCAAUGUUGUUAGGGGCUGCGAUAUAUUCUAUGGCCCAUGCUCUUUAUAGGGGUCCUAACCUUGACAUGUCACUUUACAACACAUCUAGUGCAUAUUUAUUCUGGGCUUUGGUUCUCAGUGUCACAAACUUCCCUGUCCUCGCUCACAUUCUUACUGAUCUUAAGAUCCUCUACACAGGGCUAGGUAGAUUGGCUCUAACUGCAGCCACAAUAAAUGACUUCUACAAUUGGGCAAUGUUUGUGUUGCUAAUUCCAUUUGCCACUCGCAAUGAAAGACCCUUUCUGUCAGUGAUAUUGACCAUCUUCUUUGUGCUUUUCUGCUAUUUCGUGUUGCGUCCUUUCCUUACCAAGUUGCUGAAUGAGAAAACAGAAAACAAUGAGUGGGACAAUUACCAGUUAUCCUAUGUGCUAGUAGGUGUUUUGGCUAGUGCACAUGUUACUGAAAUGCUUGGCACACACUCCAUUGUUGGGGCAUUGGUGUAUGGAUUGAUGCUUCCUCGUGGAAAAUUUUCUGACAUUUUGAUGGAAAGGUCCAAUGAUUUUGUCUCCAUGUACCUGGCACCAUUGUUCUUUGUUGGCUGUGGCGUAAGAUUCGACUUUUGUAGUUUUGAACUGCAGAAAGUGUUUAACGUGAUCAUAAUCAUUGUCUUGUCAUGCUGCACCAAGAUCAUAAGCACCGUGAUAACCACAGUGUUCUAUAAUAUGCCUUUUCGAGACGGCGUGGCACUUGGAGCGCUUUUGAACACCAAAGGCAUCUUGCCAGUAGUAAUGCUAAACAUUGCAAGUGACAGAAAGAUUUUGGGUAGAGAUUUCUAUACAAUUAUGAUGGUGGCUUGUGUUCUGAUGACCAUACUAGUUUCUCCUACAAUCAACUACAUAUACAAGCCAAGAAAACAGUUUAAGAAAGACAAGCUAAGGACUGUACAGAACUUGAAGGCUGAUGCAGAGAUCCGAAUAACGGUCUGUGUCCACAAUCCUCGCCAAGCCACAGGAAUGAUGAGCAUCCUUGAAGCAUGCAGUGCCGCCAAUGUCACCCCUUUACGUGUGUUUGUUCUUCAACUCAUUGAGCUCAAAGGACGCGGUACUGCCUUUCUGGUAGACCAGGGCGGUUCCCACCAAACACAAGUAGACACUGAGAGCAUUGCAAAUAUCUUCUUAGAAUUCAGACCAGAACAAGGGAAUACUCACGCGAGCGUGGAGAUUCUCGCUGCAGUGUCCCCCUAUGAGACCAUUCACAAGGACGUUUACAACAUAGCUGAUGAGAAACAAACGUCCUUGAUUCUUCUUCCAUUCCACAAACAUUCAAGCGAGGGUGCCCUAGAGGAGACCAACUCCGUGUUCAAAGAGAUAAACCAAAAUGUGAUGCACUAUGCGCCAUGUUCUGUGGGAAUCUUGGUUGACCGUGGACACGGUUCACUGUCCAAGAUGAACUUGCGUGUUGCCAUUCUCUUCAUUGGAGGGCCUGAUGACCGUGAAGCCUUGGCUAUUGCUUGGAGAAUGGCAAGGCAUCAAGGGAUCCAUCUCUGCAUGGUGCACAUUCUUUUGUUUGGAAAGGCUGCUGAAGUGGAUGCAAGUGCAACAGCCAAUGAUCCAGCAAAUGGGAUAUUGUCCACUAUAUUAGACAGCGGAAAGGAAAAGAAGUUGGAUGAGGAAUAUGUGAGUUUGUUUCGACUCCUGGCAGUGAACAAUGAGGAUUCUAUAACAUAUUUAGAGAAGGAAGUGCACAAUGCUGAUGAUAUUCCCUUGGUUCUCAAUGAAUUGGAUACAGAGGGCUAUGAUCUGUUCGUUCUAGGGCAUGGAAUUGGAAGGAACUCUAUGAUGUUGUCAAAUUUAUUGGAAUGGACAGAUUGCCCUGAACUUGGGGUCAUAGGGGACAUGCUUGCAUCAAAUUCUUUUGGUUCAUGUUCUUCAGUGCUUGUGGUGCAACAAUAUGGCUUUGGAGGAAUGAACUUCAGGACUUGUAACCAAACCACAUGUGCAAGCAAAGGGGAUGUUGAAUCGCUUUUUGGGAAGGGCAGGUAG